GCUGCCAAAAUGGACCAUGAAGUGCUGGGGAGCAUUGUCCUCCUAGCAAUAGUCAGCCUUAUCAGUGUUCUCCAAAAUGCCUUUUUUGCAACCAAAGUGGAGCAUGAAAGCAAGAACUAUAACGGCAAGACUUUCCAGCGGGCUGGAUCUUCGGCCUUUGAGCGUGUCUUCACUGCCAACCAAAACUGCAGAGAUGCAUACCCGACGUUUCUUGUUGUGCUUUGGUGUGCUGGGCUGCUUUGUAGCCAAGCUGCUGCUGCUUUUGCUGGAUUGAUAUACUUGUUUGUGAGGCAAAAGUACUUUGUUGGCUAUCUGGGAGAGAGGACACAAAGCACUCCAGGUUACAUAUUUGGAAAACGCAUCAUAUCAUUCCUGUUCCUUAUGUCUGUUGCUGGGAUCCUCAACUAUUAUCUUGUCCUCAUUUUUGGAAGUGACUUUGAAGUGUAUAUAAAAACUGUAACCAACACCAUCUCCCCACUGCUACUCAUUCCUUAAUUCUUUGCAGCAUUAGCGGUUCAGUGUGCUUUACAGAUCAAUAUCCAGAAGCAGCUAUAAUUCAACUGUUUAAGAAAUGAACCUACAAACCCUUUUAGACUGCUGUAAAUCUAAGGCUCUAUGGGCUUUGUGGUUUGAUUUAACCCUUUUCCUACAGUAAAAUGAUUUAUUGUGACCAGUCAGUGUGCCCUAGGAAGGGUAAUAACUUCCAAUUAAUUCUUCAGAUUAAAAAGGUUUAAAAAAAAUGAAACAACCAAAAAACCAUUUCAGGUUGAACAAAACAUUCCAUUCUGAUUUUAAGCACCUUUUCAAUGGUUUAAAUAUA